AUGCCACCCAUCCGCCGCUACCUCCGCAUAACCCAAUACUCCGUCCUCGAAUGCCGCAUCUACCUUGACAAUCCCGCAGACACGUACCGCUGGCUCCUCAAUUCACGCAAUCCUGUUUUACCGCGUGUAAUUGAGGCUGUCCGCCCGCUCGUGUUGCCGAAGCUUAGGGAGGAAAAUGCCAAGGCAAAGUCGGGGAAGGCUGGGAAGAGAAAGGGGUGGAAGGAUGUUGUUGUCGAGGAUGACUUUGAAGUCGCGGUCUUCCUGACUGAAACAAGCUCCCGUCAUUCUAUUCUCAGGAAGAUGAAGACAGCGAAAACAGAAAAGGGCAGGCUGGGGACUACAGAUGGGAGGUUGACGGGCACGAGAGAUGCGCCGGUUGAGGUGGGCGAAGGUCCUCCGGGCUUGAUCACCGAGGAGAGCGAAGAGAGCGAGGGUGUUCGUAUGGCAGACCUACCCUCUGCUGCGGGAGGUGAGGCAGAUGAGAGGGCAACAUUGGCAAAGGAGGAGAGUCAGGAAGGGUUGUUCGUCUCCGACGAUUCGGAUGAAGGGAAUGUUGAUGCACAGGAGACGCCUUCCGCGAAGAACAAGAGCAAAGGAUCUGUGGGAGAGGAAGAGGAUGGUGGGGAAGAUGACAAGAAGAAGUUGGGUAUGGAUACCACUUAUGAUGGCUUCAGCAUAUAUGGUAGAAUCCUUUGCCUUGUGGUGAAGAGAAGAGGCAUCGCUAAGGGCAAAGAAAUGGCUGGUGGUGCCGGACAGGCUAUGAUGGAAGAAUGGAUCACGUCGACGCAGAUGGGAGAGGGCCAGAUGAUGGACGAAUAA